AUGCCUUUAACAUGUUCUGAUGCGGACUGGUGGGGAAGUUUUGACAUUCCAUUGAUCUGGUCAAAAUGUGGCGCAAAAAAUCUUCUUAUCACAGGAUUUUAUCGAAGUCCCCUCAAAGGUGGCAGCGAUUCGAUCAGUUUACUAGAAGAAGCAAGAUGUUGUAACUCGAUACCUGGGUACAGCGGUCAGAACGGCCAGUGUAAAGAAGCUAGCUGGUGGAGUUCUUUCGACAAAUUCAUGUUUCUAUUGUUGAUAUUUUUAUAUCUCCAACCUUUUGUUCAUGGGUAUGACUUUUGCUUCGAUGGAUCAAAUGAAGGCUAUCGUUUGAACGCUGAACCUAUCGAAAUUAUUCACGCCGAGUCGGGACCAGAAUGCGCUAUGAAAUGUGCAGCAAAAAAUGGAUGUAGAUCUGUCAACUUCAAAAAACAGAGAAGUUGUGAAGAAAUACAAAACUGUCAGUUACUGACAGAGGUCUAUUCGGAAAAAUCUCCUGAACAGCUGACUGAAGAUGAGGAAUAUGAUUAUUAUAUACUGGUCGAUUGUAAUGGGAAACCAUUAGAUCCAACCCCAGCCAACUCUACGACACCACAACAAUCAACAACAUGUUCUCAUGUGGACUGGUCGCAAAGUGUUGACAGUAUGGGUUGGUCGAAAUGUGGCGAGGAAAAUCUCUUUAUCACGGGACUUUAUAGAGGUCCUCCGAACAGCGACAGCGAUCCCAUCACUUUACUUGAAAAAGCAAAAUGUUGUAAAGCGAUCCCUAAAGCGAGUUGCAAAGCGUGCAGCGGUCAGAAUAGCCAGUGUCAAAUAGCUGACUGGUGGAGCUCUUUCGACACGAAUAACAAAUCGAGCGUUUGUCCAGUGGGUUAUUUUCUAAAUGGGUUAUAUCGCAAUGCUGAUGGCGACGACGUGUUACAUGAAUUACAUCGAAUCGAACAAGGCUAUUGUUGCAAACCAAACAAUCAUCCUAACCGAUAUGGAUUGUGUUAUGAUGAAGAUGUUGGAACAUCGUUUAAUCAAGAAGGAUGGUCAAACUGUUCCAAGGCUGGUUAUUAUAUCACUGGUCUAUAUCGUGGAUAUGGUGAUAAUUGGCUGAACAACAUCGAUAAAUUUCGAUGCUGUCAAACCGCUUAAUAACAUCAACGCUGCUUUUUAUCUACCUUGAUAAUUUUCAUCAAAAAUGUUGAGAAAAGUGUGGACGAAAUUUUUUUGUGGUUCUUUUAGCAGAUGUUGCGGUUUAUAUGUCAUAAACUUGUAACCACAUAUUUCAGGGAGCAUUGUAGAUUAGUAACUAGUUAAGCACUAAUAUCACUAAAUAAAUUUUCACAAUUUGUUUUCGUCAAGAUUAAAAUCCUGUAUAUAGCUAGUUAAGGUGGACCCGAUAGGUUGUUUGAUGGAAAAUCGUGAUUUGAUACGGAAUACUAUAUAUAGCAAAGUUAUACCAUGUGAUUUAUUAUAGACAACCGAUUCUAAACUGGAUGCAUAUUAUCCAAUUUUACCAUUUUUACCUAAAUAUAACUUGAUGAUAAACGUAACUUUUUACAUAGGGCACAAACCUAUAUCACAGUUAAUCACAGUUAAUGCAAGCGUGAGGCAACAGUGUAGCUUUAGAAGAGGUAAAAUUUAUAGUUACCGUAGCUACUGCAUUCAUGCACGCUUAUAUAGUCUUAUAUAAACCCACUUAAGCUGUUUAAUGUAUUACCAAUUUAUUUAAUAAAACUUUCGUUUAACGCUUUCUUGUUUUAUUUUCAACUGAUCAUCGUUAUGAUAUCAAACAUAUCAACAAGGACAAAAGUAGCAAGCGAAGCGUUCCAAAGAAUGAGUGGUUUGAAACAAACAUAUUUGACGAAAAAUCCAACAUUAAGAAAGAAUACAAGGAAGAUUUGUUAAGAUUACCCGGAGUGGAAAAAUUCCAUGUUGGUUUUGAUGGCAAAAAGGAUCGAACGUGGAAAAUAUACAUCACCCACUCAGAAAACUCACUACCGUCCAUGGAUCAACUGCAGAAAAUAUUUGGUAACAAUAUCUCCUGUUUUGUCGAAUUCAUCGAAGAAAAAGUCGAUAAAAACAGUAGAUCUGCUUUUCUUCGAGGACCAAGAUCAGGAGAUCCGCAUCAUGUUACAAAUGGGGAAAAUAGAGGCAGUGGAAAAAUAAGUAUUCUUGGUUUUGGGGAUUUACGCGGACAGAAACACUACGCAAUCACCUGCUAUCACGUUUGUUACCAAAGAGAAUUAUCAGGAGACCUAUACCAACAACACCAAAAACUGAAGACAGACUGCGAAAAUGACGCCAGGGGAUGUUUUGGAUACAAAUAUCAGUACCAAGGAGAUGAACCUCGAAGGCUUGGUGAAUUUUAUUGUGGUUUAUACAACGACAAGAACGAUAUUGCCCUCAUCGAACUUGAUAGAUAUUUGGACUGCAACGAUGCGGUCAAAUUCCUGAACGACGCGGGUAUUGAGGACACUUUGGCGACUGAAGAGGUAGUCACUGAGAAAUUAAAAAACAUGAAUGGACCAGUUUCGGUUGGAAUAUUUAGUCCUGAAAUUGGGCAUAGAAGAGGAAAUUUGGUUGAAAAAGAUGCGGGAUUCAAAAACGGAAUGAAUGACGGCUUUUAUGGCAUAAAAGACGUGUCUGACGAUAACAUC